AUGUCGGGUUUAAUUCACGUAGCGCUAGGGAGAUUUCAGUUACAGAGUGAAAGGUUGGUAGAGAAGCUGCAUGUUAGUUUGGUAGUUAAUAAAACGGGAGGAAGCCUUUGUUUAACGACAAUCAAUCGAGAAAUGCGGACUUCCGGUCGACACGAGACACAUGCUGUAAAUUUGUUUCAUUUUUUGUUUUGCAAAUACUUUGUUGCUGAAUGUUUCUAUCAUAUCUCAGCAGCUGAGGCUAGGAAAAUACAUACCAAACAUUCUGGUUUAAACUAUACUUGUAAAAAUUGCGUUCAACUGGGAAACAAUAUAACUGAUUUGAAAAAAGUCAUUGUCGAGUUGCAAAAUGAUAUUAAAACCUUGAAGUCGACUGUCCUUGAUCAACAAUCUCAUAAUUCUCCUGCUUCCUUACUCGAGGCCGAAAAAAUUGUCCAAGAAGUAGCUGAAAGGGAGAAACGCAAAUGUAAUAUUAUUAUAUAUGGUUGCAAGGAGGAUAAUGUUAAAUCAAAUAAAGAACAGAUUCAAUUAGAUGAGACUAAAUGGUAUUCCUACGAUUAUUACUCUGCCCACUUUAAACUGAAAAAGCCCAACAGUAUCUUAAAUAAUCUUACUUUAUAUUACCAAAAUGCUAGGGGAUUACGGUCUAAAACUCAUACUUUCUAUGUUAAUGCUUGUGAACUUGCUUUUGAUAUAAUAGUUGUAACUGAGUCAUGGUUGAAUGAUUCUGUUAAAAAUGCUGAAUUAUUUCCGUCUAAUUAUAAUGUAGUAAGAUGCGACAGAAAAUUUGACACUGUGGCUCGUACUAUGGGUGGUGGUGUGGUUGCUGGUUUAAUUAAUAAAAUAACCUAUCAAAUAAUUGACACUGCAGCUAUUGGAAAUUUAGUUCCACUAAUUGAUUUUAUUAUUUGUAAAUGUCAGUGCAACUCACAUAUUUUGUUCUUAGUAGCAUGUUACAUUCCACCUCAGGUCUCUCUUGCGGACUAUGAAUUAUUUUUUGAGGCUGUUGAGGUUCUUCUGGUAGGCCAAUCUAUUUUGUUGGUUGGUGAUUUUAACUUACCCCAUUUUAAUAAUUUGCAUACAAAUUGUCCUAAAGUAAGAUCACUCCGAAGUUUUUGUGACUCACUUCAACUACAUCAAUAUAAUAGCAUUUGUAAUUUGAACAAUGAACGACUAGAUUUAGUCUUUUCGAAUCUUCAGAAAAUUGUUGUAAGCCGAGAACUACACCCCUUUGUUAAAGAAGAUUCUUAUCACCCGGCCUUGUCACUAUACGUUGAAUAUCCGUCUAAGUCAAAUGCAUCGUUCUUUCCCUCUGCAAAAACUACAAGGUAUAACUUCCGUAAAGCCAAUUUCUUAUAUUUAUAUGAUGACCUCCUUAGUAUUGACUGGACUUUUCUGGAAAAAUGUCUUGACGUCGAUGAUGCGCUUGACACAUUCUAUGAUCAUCUAUAUAACAUUUUGAAUUGUUCCGUGCCUCAGUAUGCCGCCUGUAGUCACAAAGCUUCUUAUCCACCAUGGUUUACACCAAGUAUUAUCUCUAACCUAAAAGCUAAAGACUACUAUAGAAAAAAGUGGUUAUCAUCAAAUGUAGACUCAUUCUUCGAAGAAUAUAAAAGACUUCGGGCACUUUGUAAAAGACAAAUAUCGCUUUCUUAUCGAGAUUAUAUAAUGAAGGUUGAAAACUCAGUUCGUAAUAACCCCCGUGAAAUUUUUAAAUAUCUUCAGUUAAAGCAAGGUACUACAAGAAUACCCGGUAAAAUGUAUCAAGAUGACGUAUCGUUUGAAACUCCUGAAGAAAUAGUGAAUGGCUUUGCACAAGUUUUCUCAAGUAUAUAUCACCCUGCCUCAAAUGUGACUCCCAAUGACAAUUGCAAUCUUCCAUCUUUUAAACUUAUGUGUGUGUCUGACCAGGAAGUCGUGAAAAUUAUGGCAUCUUUUCCUAUUAAACAUACUGCGGGAGAUGAUCAAAUUCCCAGUUUUUUGAUCCACGACGCAAGAUAUGCUUUAGCGACACCAUUGACAAUAAUCAUCAAUAAAGCUAUCUCCAGUUCUUCUUUUCCGACUCGUUGGAAACGUGCGAGAAUUGUACCGGUGCACAAGAAAAAUGAUUACACCCAGUUGAAAAACUAUCGACCGAUUGCAAUUCUGUCUAAUUUUGCCAAGGUUUUUGAGCAAGUAAUUUACAAAUCCAUAUUCAAUCACAUUCAGCCCUAUAUAUCCCCAAAUCAACACGGCUUCCUACCUGUCGUCGAAAAGAAUAUGGUGCUCAUUUUAUUUGGAAGCUUAUUCACAAUCGCUUAG